AUGGCGGCCGCGGCGGCAGAACCGGCUAUGGGCGCCGCGCACCAGGAGGGUGUGAGCAUCCCGCCCUUCUUCACCACUAAUCCUCCGAUACGCGACGCGCUCCAGACGGAGAGCUCGUUGCUGCAGGACGAGACCAUCGAGGAAUGCCUGCCUUUUCUGGCGGCGCAAGGGGAGGGGCAUGAGAAGCACAACGCCCAUGGCGUCCCGCACCUGUACCGCGACCGCCACGUCAAGUUUUUGCACAAGCAGCUCGGCCUCUUGCCGGCCAUGUUCAAGGCUGCCGACCCCAGCCGGCCGUGGAUAUUCUACUGGUGCCUCGCGGGCAUGUCGCUUCUCGGUGAGGAUGUGGCCCCCUAUCGCGCGAGACUCAUGGAGACAGUCCGCCCCAUGCAGAACGAGACGGGCGGGUUCGCGGGCGGGUUCGGCCAGACGUCGCAUCUCGCCACCACAUACGCGACGGUCCUGGCUCUGGCCUUGGUCGGGGGGGAUGAUGCCUACGACGUCAUUGACAGGCGGGGCAUGUGGAAGUGGUUGUGCUCGUUGAAGCAGCCCGACGGCGGUUUCCAGAUGGCCGUGGGUGGCGAGGAGGAUGUGAGAGGGGCCUACUGUGCAGCCGUCCUCAUCUCGCUGCUCAACAUCCCCCUCGAGCUGUCACCCGACUCUCCUGCCCGUGCGUCCGGCCAUACGGACCUCUUCAGCGGCCUCGGGGAAUGGGUUCGGCGAUGCCAGACGUACGAGGGAGGCGUGUCGGCUAAGCCGGGCGUCGAGGCCCAUGGUGCAUACGCCUUUUGCGCGUUGGGAUGCCUCUCCAUCCUCGAUUCCCCCCACAGAAGCAUUCCGAAGUAUCUUGAUGUCCCUCGACUCCUGUCCUGGCUGUCUGCUCGCCAGUACGCACCAGAGGGCGGCUUCUCCGGCCGCACCAACAAGCUGGUCGACGGGUGCUAUAGCCACUGGGUUGGCGGGUGCUGGCCCCUGAUCGAGGCGGCCUUGUACGGGCCCGCGGCCCCGGCUGCAGACUGCACACCAAUGCAGGCCGACGACAGCCUGUUCAGCAGGAAUGCUUUGAUACGGUACAUCCUCUGCUGCGGCCAGGACCUGUCGAAACGCGGGGGGCUGAGAGACAAGCCCAGCAAGUACUCGGACGCGUACCACACUUGCUACGUGCUCUCGGGACUGAGUUCUGCGCAGCACAAGUGGACUUUUGUCUCUGCCCGUGCGGAUGCGGCCGUCUUGGAUGGCGAUGUCUGGAGUGUGUCGCCACACGUCAAGGGCGAGCAGAUAUUCGACGAGGAGGAUCGAGUCUGUACGACACAUCCCGUUUUUGUCAUUCCCCAGCACAAGGCAGAAUCCUGUCAGAAGUACUUUGCCUCCAAGCAAGGCUUCUAG